AUGGCUGCCCGAGCCUCCUUGGGGAUGUCGUCGAUCGAGAGCGCGUUCAUCAAGCGCUCGCUGGAUCCAGAGAAUGUGAGUUCCUCUCCUUCCAAUUGCUCCUCGAUCCUUGGCGAGGCGAAGAAGAACCUCAUCGUCACAGCGGCAGCGUCGCCAAACGGUAUGGCCUCGUCCAAGCCGAUCACCAACUCCUCGGGCGCGCAAUGGCAGAGCGCUUGCGCGGUGGUGUCCAGCCAGUGGGCGGCGCAGAUCGAGAAGGAAUCGAGCAGCAAUGGCAGCACUGACAGUGGGCACAGCCGCAAAUCGGCCACGCCCAGCAGCACCCCCUCCUCCUCCUCCUCAUCACCAUCCAGGACGCGCGGCGCGGAUCCGCAUUCCGCGAGACGUUCAAGGAUCUGGUCACGCUCCCGCGGCCGCUGUCCAUCCAGGAUCUAG